AUGUCCACAACUACCAGCCCGUCGAAGGGCGCCCUCUCCACCAAUGGCCUGUCAGAUCCUUUCGUCGCCCCUACCUCUUACGGCCCUCGCUACGCCUCCCUCGACUUCGACCAUCUCUCCUCCUACUCCGCCAACUCCCCAACCCAAGCCAAGCGCGCGCUCGAAGCACAUCUCAAAGAAACGGAGCGGAGGAUUCAAGAUGCCUCGCGCCUCGGCACCACCCUGAUUCAGCAACGCAAAGAGCUGGCCGCGCGCUUGCAAGAGGUCGAAGAUGUCAAGGAGAAUGAUGAGGUUCCCACCGAGCUCCGCAAGCGCCUCGCAGACCUCGAAAAGGAGUACAAUGAAGUUGGCAAGGAGUCUGCUCGUGCUUUCCUGCCCAAGGCUAAGAUCGACCCGUCCAGUACACCCUCAGCCCUGACUGGGUCGGGACGAGAAUCGCCCACCAAACUCACGGCCCCAUCUCGACGCACAAGAAACCAACCCAGCAAUCGUGUGCACGACAUCGAGUUCGCAACGGAAAUUAGUACCUCUUUGCUUGCUCAGGUCAGGCAGUUGCAGGCCGCACUCGCCCAGAAAGAUGAAGAAUUAAAAGACACCACCGCCGCCAAAGCCCAACUGGAGGCCGAUGCCACGGGCAUGGCACAGAGGGUCAAGCAUCUCGACGACAAGGAGCAACGCUACAAAGACGAAAACUGGAAUCUCGAGACGCGCUUGCAGGACCUGGAAGCGAGUCACAAGGAUGUCACUGAUCGCGAGCAGAAGGCACUUCAAAACCUCAAGACCACCCAAGGCGACAAAGCUGCCGCCCAGCGAGACCUCGAUGAUCUCAAGGUCUCCCACGAGAAGCUCAAUGAGGAGCAUGCGGCCGUCAAGCGCCAGCAAGAGCUGGAGUUGCACGGCCUCCGGAGAGACAUCACAACGCACGAAAGCGAAAAGGGAGCUCUGCAGAAGCGAAUCGACGAACUUACAUCUCAGAACACCGAACUCGCAAAAGCAGUCUCAUACCGCUUCAAUGGAGCCGGGGCUGCGGCUGGCGCUGCAUUUGUCGCCGCGGACGACGAUGGCCAUUUGAGUGAUGGCACUCCAGAGGAAUCCGCGCCGGAAUCGCCCAUCAAAGGCACUCCUGCACGACACGGCAUGCUCGAAUCCGAGACUCUCAAGUCCAGCUUAAACCAUGCGCAUCGCAUGAUUCAGAACUUGAAGAACAACAUUCAUCGCGAGAAGACCGAGAAGAUCGAGUUGAAGCGCAUGCUCCAGGAAGCGAGAGAUGAACUUGAGAGCAAGCGAAGUGAAAGCGGCGGCGUGGUCGGCGCGAAUGUCGGCAAAAAACGGAGGAGUGAGCAGGAUAGCAGCAAAUUUAAGAAGCCUCUGCCGCGAACCCUCGGAGCGAAUCGAAGCAGCACCACGGAAAUCUUGGAAGAUGAACCAGACUGGGAGGACAACGAUGGAACUGCAACCCCCACCAAGUCCUCGUUCAUGCCUGGCGCCUUUGUCGGUGCUGGAGUCGGCGCCGUUGCGGGAUACGCUGCUGGUGUGUCCACCGGUGGCGAAGAGACCGAGGGAACCGAUGCGGCCUUCGAGACUGCCACCGAGCGUGGUGGACCCAGCGAUGCUUUCGAGACAGGACGCGAAAGCAUGGACGACGAGAGCGAAGAGCUUACCGAAACGGAGGCCGGUUCCGUCAGUCGGAAUCGCAACAUUUCAAAGGCAGCCGCUGCCCUGUCCGGUGUUCCGGCUGCUGGUCGCCAGUCCUUCCAAUCUACGGCUUCCGACGAUGAGCUGCAGACUCCUCAACAAAUUCAGCAGCAGCAAAAGUAUCGCUUGCGUGUGAAUGGAGGCAGCAGCAAGCGCAAUCGCGUGAGUGAUCUGAUGCGCGAUAGCCCAGCAUCGUCGAUCGGUACACCUCAGGGGCCCGGACAAAGCCUUGGAGAUGAGCUGGAUGCGCUCGAUGAGGGCACUCCCAGCCGGUACACCGACUCGGCUGUUGGUACGCCGGAUACUCAGAGGGCCAUAUCGGUGGCACCGGAUACCCCUGAUGUCGUUGCCACGCCUCUUCUUGCUUCGAAGAACACAUUGACAGAGCAGCACGCCAUCGUCAAGCCCACGUACGCCGAUGCAGGCAUGAUGACUGAGCCCUGGACCCCCGAGGCUCCUGCGCCGGCCUCGGACUUGAAGGAUAAGGCUAUGGAAGUCGUCGGCGGUGCCCUGGCUGGAAUGGGACUCGGAAGCCUUAUUAGUAGCAGGGAGCAUGCCGACACGGAUGCUGAAGCCGGCGCCUCGCACGACUCGGAAGUUCCUGCGACCAUCAGGGACGAGCCGUUACAAUUCUCGAGUGUCAUGGCGCAGCAUGUUCAACCGACAACGCCACUCUUGCCAGAACGGAGCGAUCGACGACUUUCGGCCGAACAGUACGGCAUCCCAGGCACUGAUGCCACGCGACCGGGUGCAGGCUUCUUCGGCAUCGCUUCACUGGGUGGCGCUGAUCGUGCUGUCGAACGUGACUCUGUCGGCCUCAUGCCACUCGUUCCCAAACUUCCAAUGAUGGAUGGAGGAUCGCAGACAGACGUCUCGGGAGACGACAUCGAGGAGAUGAUUCGAAACAAGAACCGCAUUUCCACCGUUGCCGACCUUCCUGUCCGAUCUGGCGCAGGAUUUACAUCGUCUGGUGGACGUCGCUCACUGGAUGGCGUCUCUAACGAAGCUGCACCACUGCGAACUCCCCGACGCCCUGCAAGCUCUGGCAGCAUGCGCAACAGGACUUCGGUGGGCACGGCACCGCCAUUGCCGGUAGAUCACACUGUCAAGAUUGCUCAAGCAGCGCAAAAAGAUCCGCAAACCCCUGGCACGGCGAUUGUGGGGACUAUGGGUCCUCCACUGAUGCCAGCCUCGGCGUACAAACAAGCUCGCCCGAGAACGCCUGCAGAGUCUACGCGCGUGUACCCGAGAGAUGGAACAACGCCGCGGGCCAGACAGGUGCAGAGCCCCACACUCACCCAGGCUUCCCGACGGACGUCGCUCUCUUCUUUUGUAUCGGAGGUCGACGAGCGAAUCAACGGACGAUCGCAGUUCAUGUACCCUGAAGGCGUCAUCCCGUCCACGGAUCCGCGUAUGAUCCAAGCCAUCACCCAGACCAUGAUUGGCGAGUAUUUGUGGAAGUACACGCGCAAGGCUGGACGCAGCGAGCCUUCAAACACGAGGCAUCGACGCUUCUUCUGGGUGCAUCCGUACACGCGCACUCUGUACUGGAGUGAGAAGGAUCCCAGCACGGCUGGACGCGACAUGCUCAAAGCAAAGAGCGUGGCCAUUGACGCCGUGCGCGUGAUUAGCGAUGACAACGCCUAUCCUCCCGGCCUGCACCGAAAAUCCCUCGUAAUCGUCACCCCCGGCCGCGAAAUCAUCAUCACCGCCCCAACAGGCCAGCGUCACGAAACCUGGUUCAACGCCCUCUCCUACCUCCUCCUCCGCACGGAGCAAGAGAAAGCCGAAGCCGAAGACGAAAUGAACCAGGACGACCUCAACGAAUUCAACCCCGGCUUCGGCAGCAGCAUCCGGCAGAGCAUCACCCGCUUCACCACCGGCCGCAGCCACAGCCGCGUCAGCCUGAGCAGCUACAACUCCCGCACCACGCGCAACAGCAGUCCCACCCGCGGCGGUCGCACAUCCGCCACCCCUGGCUUACACUCCAGACCGCCGCCCAGCCCUUCCCGCGCCCCCGCGCCGGACUCAACUUCCACUUCCCGCUACAGCAGCCUCACGAACAAGUUCCGCUCCUCCGCCUCCGCCGCCGUUCGCGGCCGCACAUCGACCACGAGCAGCACGGCGCCGGGCCAAGCAGCCGGCAGCGAAAUCUACAAUGCGAGUGUUGCCGCCGACAGCGCGGAGGAUUUGCGGGCGCAGAUGGAGAGGCAGGAGCGCGAGGCGGACCGGCUGGAGAAUGUGAGGGCUUGCUGUGAUGGCAAACAUGAUGUUGCUUCGCUUUCGCGCCGCAGUCGUGGUGGGAUGGGACAUCGCUUCUCGGCGCACACGCAUACGCAUCCGCAUAUUAAGACGGAGCCGCUUGCGGAGACGAUUCGGCGCUGA